AUGUUGCUGUUGAAGACUCUUGCUCCCUGGCUGCUGUUGGCCUUCCUCGGGCAGCAGGUCUCCGUGUCCUCCGGUGCGCGCAACAAGACCCGUGGAGCAAACAAGACCGUCCCGAUCCCUGGCAGAGCGCAGAGGAGCGAGAGCAAGGGCACGGCGACCGGCCGGGGGAAGUUCUCCCUCAAGGACAAGAUGCAGUGCACGUGGGCGGCGAGAAACGCCGGGGACUCGGUGAAGCUGCUGGUCAAAUGCGAGAACCCGGAGGCGCGCGUCAAAGGCGGGGUCACCGACAUGCAGUGUGAAUACAACGCCAAACCUCAGACCUGCCCGGGCUACCGGUCCGACCCCAAGGGCUUCUGGAAACAGGUGUCCCGCGCGUUCAAAAGGCUCCAAGGCAAAGUGUGCAGGGACGACCGCGCGCUGUUGAAGGCCGGCAUGUGUAAACGCGUGCCCUUCAAGCUGAACAUCUCCACCUCCAGUCUCUCCGCUCAGUCCGGAGACCCGGAGACCCCCCCACCGCGGCCCCGCACCACCUCCCCGGGACCGACGGCCUGCACAAAGCGCGCGGACCACCUGAAGACGGCUGAGGAGUACUGCAGCAGCUCGUGGGCCAGUGUGUGCUCCUUCUUCUUCUCCAUGCUGCAGAGUGAGGACUGUUAGCUUCAGACCCUGCGAGAGGACGUGGACGUCGUCAGACUUGGAUGCAGGAUUUAUUUUAGGACUAUAGGUCUCCACAUGUCAGUCACCACAUACACCAAUAUUUCAUGUUUUCAUUAGUCAUGUGGAUGUACCUAUUUAUCAGAUGAACUUUUUACCAUUAAAUGUAAUAAUGUAUCAUUAAUUAAGGGCGGAAGAACAACACAACAAGAACAAAUCUGUGGUACUUGCAGGCCUGCUUUACUUGAGUAUUUCAAUGUUAUGCUUCUUUAAAUUUAAACGGUAAACAUCACUGUUCAUACAGAUGUAGUUUCUUUUCAGAUUAAAAUGUUCAUCUGCAAUGAGAUUAUAAAAUAUGAUGCAUUUCAGCCAACUCUAUGUUAAAUAGAUGAAAUUAGCUCCACACAUUCAAAUUCUGCCCAAACAUCAAUUCAAUAGCAAUGCAGUAAUUUAAAACAGUAGAAGGUAUAAUAACAUAACACAGAAGUGACCAUCCUGUAUAAUGAGUACUUUUACUUUUGACACUUGACGCACUUGCUGAUCAUCUGUACUUUUACCUCAGUAAAUUUUCUUUUUACCAUUUAAAUUAUAGCAGGCAACACAGCACCCUGAAACAGUUUGUGGAUCCAACACAAUGUCUGGUUUGCAAACAAUGAACUUGAGUCAUUUGACCAUUUUUAUUUGUAAUAGAGUUUUUUUUAACAGUGUGCCAUUGAUUUAUUGAAAUAAUAACCUUCUUCCAUCUCUGUUUAUCACACAAAACUGAAGAUUGAUGAUUGUAGUAGAGUGGUACUUUCAUCUACCUCCGGUCAACUUUGUCAAUCAGCCAUUAAUAUCAUAUAAACACCACUGUAUUUAUGCACCAGAAAUAAAUAUUUUCUAUUUAUACAA